GGCCGACAGUGCGCCCUAUAAUCCAAAGACACUGUAACUCUCUUCACAUUCCCCAUUGAGUUGUUUCCCUGUGGUGAUUAUUAGCAGGGACCAGUUGUAACCUAAAAGGGUUCUGAUGACACUAAUUGACAUGCACAUUCGCCAACACACACGCAAACAGACAACUACUUUGCGAGUUCUGCACAGCCAUUAUGAAAUGAAGAUAACCAGGAUCCAUGUAUGGAGUAAUGAGAGCAUGUUAAAGAACAAACGUAACUGUCUGCAUCGAGUAUAUUCUCUCUGUGUUGCAAUUUAAAGAGGUUCGGUUUACAUUUCGCAGCUAAUUUUGUCCUGAUGGGCUUUGCUUUCAAUUAAUUGUUGAGGGUUCUGGCAACAUGAUGCAGACAUUUUUUUGAGUAGCGCUUAGAGAUUCACCUUUUAAGAUAAAAUGUAUAUUUGCACUCUUACCGAUCCUCCCACACUUACUGGUACAACCGGACAUCACACAUUGUCGCAUUUUCCCCGCCGAGACAAAAAUGAUGCGAAAAUGCCGUAAAACUGAGGUGCACUUCGCAAAAGGCAACGUAAGAUGGUCAGCGGAGGCUUUACCUAUCGGUACAGUGAGUAGACGUCAUUGAGAGUCCAACAUACACUGUAGACGUCCAUGGAUUACAUCGACAUUAAAUAUUCAUUCUAGAAAACCCUCACCAAUUAUUGCAAAUGCUCUAUUUCAGUUAUUGCUGACAAGGGUGGCACAACCUAUUAGGCUCAGGGGACAAUUACUUUUUCAUAUAGGGACAGGUAAGUGUUUGUGUGUGUGUGUGUGUGUGUGUGUGUGUGUGUGUGUGUGUGUGUGUGUGUGCGCGUGUGUGUGUGUGUGUGUGUGUGUGUGUGUUUGUAUUCAUGACAUCUUAGGACAAUUUUAUGAUAACACACCUUCACAAUGAGGACCUGUGGAAAAAUGAGGACAUUUUUCGCGUCCUCAUAUUUCCACGCAGUCUACACUACUCUAGAGCUCACGAGGAUACUCCCACACCAAAAAUAAGUGAUGUCCUGAAAGAGCACAAUUUUCAGAAAUUGUGUGUUUAAGUGUGUUUAAAUUUCGACUCACUUUUCAUUUGGAAAACUAGUGGCCAACUUCGGUACUUAACACACUUUUAACACACUUUCAGUGACGUCAUUGUGCAGGACCUCAAAUGUCAUCUUUUUCGGACUGACUCACACAUUUUCCCCGCCCUCGUCCUGAUAAGUCACAUCAAUUAGCAGUCACACAAAAUCCAACAUGUGAAGCAGCCAGACAAUCCUACUCUCAAACACGACCACGCGUGGAUGACCAUCAGGUAAGCAAUUCCUUUUCAUUUAUCUUACCGUAACAUAGAAGUUGUUCAAUAUAACCGUGUUUAACAGUGCCCACCAAAGGUAAUAUCAUUCAAUAAGACAGCUAGCUAGCUAGCUCGAUCGUUAGCAUGCUAAUAAGCUUCCAGUAAAAGUAGUGUGGACAUGUCCUGCAGGCAAGGUUCUGGAAAACUUUUCUAAAUCUUUAACAACACAGUCUGUGGAACUUGGUUUUGGUACCAUAUGUUUAUUUCAGUGCAGUAUUUGUUUUAUUCGAUUGCAGUUAAUUUAAAUUAGUUAGUACAGGUAGCCUAAUGAAAGUGGGCCAGGCACUUCUAGCAUUUACGCUAAGCCCGGUGUAUUUACACUGUUUAUUCUUGUGCUGAUUCAAUUGUACACCGUUUCAAUGAAAAAAACAAACAAACGUUUGCAAUGAAAUUAUAGCAGAAUUCAGCUUUGUUGGUACAUUUGGUCAAGACAAUAUUGUGUUACUCUAUUUUAAUUUUACAUUGUUAUCUGCCUGACAAAUGGUUUGCCCGAAUCUAUUAGUCUGACCAGCAAAUGUUUGAUGAAAUGAAUUUUUGUAUUUUUGAGGAAGAAAAUAAUAUUCCUUUGGCUCAGUACUUUUUGAGCCAAAAUAAGUGCUGCCAUAAUAUUGUGCUUGCUUGUCUGGCUGACUUCUUCUCACUUUCCAUUGUAGAUGUUUACUGGUGGUGAUAAUGUCACAAAGAAGAACCAGACUGAGCCCUGAAUCUGAGGCUGCUCCUUUUAUCUGGAGUCAACAAGCCUUGUUUGAAAGCCCAGUGGAUCAAUGAUUAUAAAGACACCAAGUGACGGGAUCUUGACUGAACCUUCUGGAGACCAAGAAGGGAGUGAGAGAUCCACUUCAUCCUUACAACAGACACCAAGUGACCUGACUGAACCCUCUGGAGACCAUGAAUGGAGUGAGAUAUCCACUUCAUUCUUACAACAGACACCAAGUGACCUGACUGAACCCUCUGGAGACCAUGAAUGGAAUGAUAGGUACACUUCAUCCUUACAACAGACAUCAAGUGACAGGUACCUGACUGAACCCUCUGGAAACCAAGAAUGGAGUGAGAGAUCCACUUCAUCCUUACAACAGACACCAAGUGACCUGACUGAACCCUCUGGAGACCAUGAAUGGAAUGAUAGAUACACUUCAUCCUUACAACAGACAUCAAGUGACAGGUACCUGACUGAACCCUCUGGAAACCAAGAAUGGAGUGAGAGAUCCACUUCAUCCUUACAACAGGUUACUACUUCUUAUCAUGAUAUACUAGGUUUGAGUUUUCAGCUUUCUUUGACAAACACAGGAGAAGUUAUAAAUCAGAAACAUGGACUCUCCAUGAUUUCAGUCGUCAUGUCCUCAUAUUUCUUGAGACCUGAAAAACCUGAUUGUGUUUCAGGUGACAUGACUUUUGUCUUAACCUAACUCUGGAGAGCCUGUGUUCGAAUGUCCCCAUAUUGCUGUUCCACAGAACUGAACAGUGUUAACUUUCUAUAGUGUGGUAUAUUCAUCCCAAACUCUCCCGUGAGCAAUGUUCAAUGAUAAUUAAUAUUUAUUCAUUUCUUAACUGGUCAGAAUGAAGAAUGCUGAAUAUUUUGACACCGUGAUGUUAUGUUGCAGACACCAAGUGACCUGACUGAACCCUCUGGAGACCAUGAAUGGAGUGAGAGAUCCACUUCAUUCUUACAACAGGUUACCACUUCUUAUCAUGAUAUACUAGGUUUGAGUUUUCAGCUUUCUUUGACAAACACAGGAGAAGUUAUAAGUCAGAAACAUAGACUCUCCAUGAUUUCAGUCGUCAUGUCCUCAUAUUUCUUCAGACCUGAAAAC